CCAGCCCCCCCGCGGCGCCGCUCAGCCCCCCCCCCCGCGCCGAGGCCCCCCUGCGCCGCAGCCUCGGCGCGCGCCCAGGGCGCGCGGGGAGAUCGGCGCGAGAUGGCGUCGCUGCUCGGCGGCAGGGGCUCGAGGCUGAUGGAGGCGACCACUGCCAGCGACUCCGACAGCGGCGCAGAGCUGCUGGAGCGGAGCCCCAUCUCGCGGGGCGCGCUCGCCCGUGGCGCGCACGCCUCGGCGGGGCACCUCGGGCGCAGGAUCAAGGCCGCUGGCCUCGUAGUGUUCGUCGCCGGGGCCUGCGUCUGCGCUAGCAGCAUCUGGAGUCCCAGGGCUGCCGCGGGCUCGCGGGGCGUGCGGCUGGGCAAGCAGGUCGAGCUGGCCGCCGCCAGCAGCCCCGCGAGGGCGCUGAGGGAUGCGAAGGUGUGCCACGACAACGAGGAGAAGUGGGGCCUGCUCUGCUACAAGAAGUGCUCGCUGCUCACGGAUGGCAUGUACCCCAUCCGGACCACGGCCAUGACUUGUUGCGAGUCGCACCCGUGCAAGUUGAACCAGGUGCACAAGAUGGGCGUGUGCGGCGGCUUCAGCAUUGCGGGCGACGGCGAGUCGUGCCCGCACCCCCCCGGCGACUGCUUCCCGGACGAGGACUCCUCCUCGUGCUAUUCCUUGUUUUUAAGUGCAGCCUCCUGA